GUGCCGGCAGCGGCGCCGGACGCGGGCUCAGCGUGUACCUCCAGCAGCCAUGGUGCCGCGCGCGGUGGUGGUCGUGCUCUUCCUGCUCUGCCUCUGGUGUUUGGCCAGGGGCAAUGGCGCGGUCUACAGCAAAGAGUUGACGAGGGACCUUCAGAAGGAGGUGAUGAACGACGAGUUUUACAUCGUCCUCAAGAACGUUAAGGCGAAGCGGUUCGCCCGGACGCAUCCGCAGACCCUGGUGGAGAUUGACGUCACCGGCAGUCGCAACAAGAUGUCCAUCAUCCUGGACAGGAAGAUGCACAAAGUGAUCCUCCAGACGAUGGAGAAGGGACGGCUGCGCACGCAGCACUGGUCCGUGGAAACGGUGCAGCACCACAACACCAUCGAGUCGCUGGUGCUGCGGGUGCACCAGGAGCAGCCGUCCGCCCGCGUCCACCUCUACGUCGACUGCCACGACCAGGGCGCCAUCCACACACCGGUCUCCCUCCAGGAGAUGAUCCUCGAGGAGUCCACCACCUCCGCGCUCACUGUGAUGCGGGAGCGGAGGAUGGAGGCCAGCGUGCACGCCGCCACGUCCCUCAGCAGCGUGCUGCACAAGCACGGCUGCGCCGGUCACGUGCUGCAGGCCAUCCAGGCGCCCAUCACCAGCCGCAGCCGGCGGCGAGACCCGUUCGAGCGCGGUGACGGCGACAGGGCCCGGCCGCGCCGCCGCACGCGCUGCCGCUCCCGCUACCCGGCCCAGAACUGCCCCCAAUUCACGCAGCCCCUGAACGUGAUUAAGCCAGGGGACCGAGGCGACCAGCCGGUCAAUGACUACGACGACCGCGACUCGCUGCUGAUCAAGACGCUGGCCGAGCUGAUCGAGUCGAUCAAGGAGCUGCGCACCGAGAUGGGUCAGCAGCGCUCCGAGACGGCCAAGAUCCGACAGGUGCUCGAGAACUGCGAGGCAUGCCGGCCCAGCGGGAAGGAGACGUGCAACCCGUCGCCGUGCUUCCCGGGCGUGCAGUGCGUGGAGGACCGGGACGGGGUGCGCUGUGGCCCGUGUCCGCGCGGCUACAUUGGCGACGGCCGGACGUGCCGCCAGGGCCUCACCUGCGCCGACCGGCCCUGCUUCAAUGGCGUGCGGUGCUACGACACGGCCAACGGUGCCAAAUGCGGCCCGUGCCCGACGGGCAUGACCGGGGACGGUCGCGACUGCCAGCCCAUCAACGCUUGCGACCGCCAGCCCUGCUUCCAAGGUGUCCAGUGUCAGAACAUGCCCAACUCGCCGUUCUACCGCUGCGGCCCGUGCCCGGAGGGCUACGAGGGUGACGGUGUGGACUGCCGCGACAUUGACGAGUGCGCGCGGGCGCUGCCCUGCGACCCGCGGGUACGGUGUCAGAACCUGCCCGGCGGCUACCGGUGCGGCCCCUGCCCUCCGGGCAUGACCGGCAGCCAGGGAGUCCAGGGAGUGGGCUUGGAGUACGCGCGCUACAACCAUCAGCGCUGCUACGACAUCAACGAGUGCGAGGAGGGUCGCUGCGUGGCCAACUCGCAGUGCGUCAACACCGAGGGCUCGUUCUACUGCGGCGAGUGCAUCGAGGGCUUCGUGGGCAACCAGACGGUCGGGUGCCGCAACCGCCCCGGCCUCUGCCCGGACGGCACGCAGUGCGAUGGCAACGCUGAGUGUGAGAAGCCGUACGGCUCCGACCGCUACAUCUGCAAGUGCAAGAUCGGGUGGGCCGGCAACGGUAAGAUGUGCGCGCCGGACACUGACCUGGACGGCUUCCCGGACAUCAGCCUCAGCUGCUCGGACCGGCGCUGUGUGCAGGACAACUGCAUCUACACACCCAACUCCGGCCAGGAGGACGCCGACGGGGAUAACAUCGGAGACGCGUGCGACCCGGACGCCGACGGAGACGGCGUGCCCAACGGACCGCCGGACAACAGCUCCAUGCCAGGCUGGGACAACUGCCCGCUGGUCGGUAACCCGGACCAGCAGGACACGGACACGGGUGGGCCCGACCGGCAGGGCGACGUGUGCGACAACUGCCCUACCAUCCCCAACUUCGACCAGGAGGACACCGACAAGGACGGCAAGGGCGACGUCUGCGACGAGGACAUCGACGACGACGGUAUUAUCAACGAGCGCGAUAACUGCCCGAAGAUUCCGAACCCGGACCAGCGCGACACGGACAACGACCGUCUCGGUGACGUAUGCGACAACUGCCCGACCACCUCCAACCCGGGUCAGGAGGACGAGGACCGUGACCUGGUGGGCGACGUCUGCGACACCGACGACGACAAGGACAGGGACGGCGUCCAGAACAACAUCGACAACUGCCCCGAUGUGCCGAACGCCGACCAGGUCGACUCGGACGACGACAACAUCGGCGACGCCUGCGACGACGACGACGACAACGACGGCGUGCCGGACGUGAGCGACAACUGCGUGCUGAUCAAAAACCCGGGUCAGGAGGAUCGGGACAAAGACGGCCGCGGCGACGCCUGCGACAAGGACAACGACGGCGACAAGGUGCCCAACGAGUACGACAACUGUCCCAACAACUCGCGCAUCUACUCCACCGACUUCAGAACAUACCAGACGGUGGUGCUGGACCCGUUCGGCGACUCCCAGAUCGACCCGAACUGGGUCAUCUACAACCAAGGGGCCGAGAUCGUGCAGACCAUGAACAGCGACCCUGGCCUGGCCGUCGGGUUCCACAAGUUCUCAGGCGUGGACUUUGAAGGCACGUUCUUCGUCGACACGGAGAUAGAUGACGACUAUGUCGGAUUUGUGUUCAGCUAUCAAGACAACAAGAAGUUCUACACGGUCAUGUGGAAGAAGAACACGCAGACUUACUGGCAAGCGACGCCGUUCCGGGCUGUAGCCGAGCCUGGCAUCCAGCUGAAGGUGGUCAACUCCAACACCGGGCCCGGCCAGAUGAUGCGCAACGCCCUCUGGCACACGGGCGACACAUUCGACCAGGUGACGCUGCUUUGGAAGGACCCGCGAAACGUCGGCUGGAAGGAGAAGACGGCUUACCGCUGGCUGCUGCUGCACCGGCCUCAGAUCGGGCUCAUCCGGCUGCGCAUCUACGAGGGCGAGAACCUGGUGGCGGACUCGGGCAACAUCUACGACAACACGCUGAAAGGCGGCCGAAUCGGGGUGUUCUGCUUCUCGCAAGAGAUGAUCAUUUGGUCCGACCUUGUGUACAGGUGCAACGACGACGUGCCGGAGGAGGUGUACGAGCGGCUGCCACCGCACCUGCAGGCUCAGGUCAACGUGGACCGCACCAAGGCGUCUGCCCCGGGUGGCCCGUUGGGCACCCGGCCCCCCUCCUUCUUGUACCGCGUCUGAAGCAACUCAUCGUCGUCCUCGCGACACCGGCUUAGUCUUCAAACCGAUGCACAGCGCUGGGAGCUGGUCACGGACGGUCUCGGACCCGGGCCGGAGCCGUGCUUUUGUGCUUCCUUUUCGUAUUGUUUCGUAUCGCCUGACGAUGUGCCCGAUGACAUGACCUAGACUAAUCUGUUUGUCAUUUCAUUGGUAAUAUAAUUUACAAGAACUA